GCAUAAAAAGUCGCCAGCAAAAUCGCUGCAGAGCAGUUCCAGCGUUCCAGUUCAGUGCUGCUUAUGUGACACAGUGACAAUUUCUUACUGCUACUGCCUUGGCUAAAACAUGGGAACUCUCUGGCAUAAUGUGGUUGCAGUUCUGGUAGCUGCACUGCUUCAGAGUGUGGCCGUCACUGGAAACUUUCAACUGGAGGUGCAGGUUGUACGUGUCCGUGACUCUGUUGAUGACUGUGGAUGGUGGCCUGAGGUGUGCGACCUGUACAUCGAUGAGAUGUGUCUGGACCCCCAGUUUGAGGAGCCAGGCUCCGAGGAGGAGGAUCAAGAUUGCUCUUUGAUAGAGUAUGAAAAUAAUCUGGAUCUAGAAAGUGGGCUUCCUAAGACUAGAACACUAUCUGUGACAAACCAGCCUUGGCCUGUCGACUUUCACCUGCGUAUUGAAGUCAUGGACAUUGAUACUUUCAACAAUGAUGACCACAUUGAGGACGUGGUGGUUUCGGAGUCCCUCAACACCAGUUCAGAGUUCAGUGAAGAGAUGGACUACAGAAACACUCCUAAUGGGAGGAUUACUCUGAGCAUGAGGUUCAGAGUCCGGUGUAGUGGCGAGUAUGAGGGUCCCCACUGUGACUGUCUCCCUCACAACGAUGGUCACUACAGCUGUCGGGAAGACGGAGGGAUCUCCUGUCUCCCUGGAUACACCAACACCUCCAACCUCUGCAGACAACAAGACUACUGCGUAGGUGAGGUGUGUCCCUCCGAAGAAACAUGUGUCAGCAACCCCACCUCUUACACCUGUGAGCCACCACCUACUUCCCCUGCCACUGUCUCCCCUACCACUUCCCCCACCAUCACUGUCUCCAGAGAUAACUGCAACUGUGCAACUGGCAUGAAAUGCAUUGAGGAAGAUGGUGGCUACAGGUGUGUGUGUCCGGAAGGAGAGAACUGCUCAACCCCGGGACCCUCUACAGCUGCUCCUCGUCAACAGAGUGGAGAGACUUCGUCCAGCAUGCCUCCUGCUGUCAUUGGUGCAAUAGUAGCUGGUCUCCUGGUGGCACUACUGCUCUGUGCAGUGGUGGUGAUAGCUGUCGUUGUCUGUAUACUAAUGAGAAAGAGAAGGUGGUCGAAAUUGGCCCCCAAGACCAAUGGCAGAGGAAGACGUGGUCCCACAUAAAAUCCAUCCCACGCUGGCUGGCAGCCAACGUGUGUGGUGAGCAACCCACGUACG